GUUUUCCUUUCAGGUCUAACUGAUCUGUACUUUAAUCUGAACUCGUAGUGAGAUCACCGCGACAUAAGAAGUGUACGUUAAUACAUUCUCUAAUGAGAACGUCUGUUUUCUCAAUACCAAAAAGACGUCGCAGAAUGGAAACGGUGAAAUAUUACGUGAAUUUCGUAAAUCCUCACUGGGUCGCCGUGGUGGCAACUGGAUUGUACACGCAUCUCCGACAAAUCUGCAUAAUCGGCCUGUGCUUUGAAAAUGACACCAAGCUGCCUUUCGAUCAGUCGUACGCGUCGGUACUCUUCGUAUUCUCGGUUUUAUGUCUGCUGGCGGAGUACAGAUUGUGGCCUGUAACUCUGAAAGAGCCACCGAUUCAGGUGUUGUAUAUUUACGAAAUGUUACUAGCUGCAUUGAGCACCAAUUUAGCAAUCAAUAUAAUAUGGAUACCAAUGAUGCACACGAUCCACUGCCUGACUCAAGAAUCUAGUAGAUGGUUACUUUGGUUGAAUGCCACUUUGAAUCUGGAUGACUCGCUUUUAAUGACGUUCGCGGAACACAUGGCCGCAGAAUAUGCAGCCACGUACAUGGCGCUUUGCAUGUCACUAUUGUCGUUCGUGUGGAUGCUGGAUGCCACCGAGUCGCUGGAAAUGAUGCUGGAUACGUGGACCAAGUAGUGAUCUCCGCCAACUCCAAAUCUUAUCCGCAAAAUUGUCCGACAUGUAAUGAGAUCACGAUUUGCAACUUCUCGAAUUAUCGAUUUUGCCAAUACAAUAUACUUCUUCUUCAUGAAAGGGAAUGUCGCCGC